AAACUUCAUUUCAAAGUCAAGAUGAAGCCAAUAAAUCUUACACAAGAAUGUUCUCAUGAAUCCAUGCAAAAACCAAUAAUAAUUUGAAAACUUAUGCACCCAUUUCUUUAUAUCAAAGCUUGCAAAUACCUCCCUCGAUCUCCAUAUGUUACAUGACAAAAAAAAAAUGUUAUUAUCAUUUUUUUCUUGUUUUUUCCUUAUCACUUUGGUCACUCUACAAUCGAAAAUCCAUGCUAGAACACCAGCAAUCGUCACCGUUAACCCCAAAAACACUUCCUCCGCGGGCGAAAUCCGCAGCCACAGAUGGCACGAAUUCGAGAAGUUACGCGACGCGGCCAAGGGCAGCUCCGUCGACGGCAUCUCGGAGCUGAAGAGAUAUUUCCAUAGAUUUGGAUAUUUAGAAGCAGAGGAUAUGAGAAAUUCAUCAACAGAUUUAUUUGAUUCCAAUCUGGAAAUGGCGAUCACCAAAUAUCAAGAGAAAUUAGGGCUUUCUAUCACCGGAGAGCUCGAUUCCGCGACGGUUUCCGAGCUCAUGUCGCCGCGGUGCGGCGUCCCCGACGUCGCCGGAAAGCUGCAUGGCGCCGAGAGCUACGCCUACUUCGCCGGCCGGCCGCGGUGGGGGCGUAAGGCUCCGAUGAGGCUGACGUACGCCUUCUCCGCGGCGAAUCCGAUCCAUGCAUCGUCGCUGAGCGAGGAGGAGGUGAGGGCGGCGUUCCGGCGGUCGUUCGCGCGCUGGGCGGCGGUGAUCCCGGCGGCGUUCGCGGAGUCGGCGGACUACGAGUCCGCCGACAUAAAGAUAGGGUUCUACAGCGGCGAGCACGGCGACGGGGAGGCGUUCGACGGGGUGCUGGGGGUGCUGGCGCACGCGUUCUCGCCGGAGAGCGGGCGGUUCCACCUGGACGCGGCGGAGACGUGGGCGGUGGACUUCGGGAGGGAGGGGGCGGCGGCGGCGGUGGACCUGGAGUCGGUGGCGACGCACGAGAUUGGGCACCUGCUGGGGCUGGGGCACACGGCGGUGAAGGAGGCGGUGAUGUAUCCGAGCCUGAGGCCGAGGGAGAGGAAGGUGGAGUUGAAGAUGGAUGAUGUGAGAGGGGUGCAGGCGUUGUAUGGAUCCAACCCUAAUUUCAGUUUUGGGGCUUUUUCGGAAUCCGACAUUUAUUCCAAUGGGAGUGUUGGAGAAGAUGAAGUGAUUAGGCUUAGUCUGUGUUUGCUGUUGCUAUUCAUAAUGCUGUGCUUCUGCAUAUAGAUUUUAGAUUGUUUUUUUUUUUUUUAUGGUGAUUCAAAUAUCUGAGGUAGGUUCAUAGUAUUUUUAUGCUUGUGAUU